CGCUUUUGUUCACAGUUCAUCUGUUUCUCUCUCUCUCUCUCUGAAGUGACUCCCAACGAUAUCAGAGCUGUGUAUUAUCUUGCAACAGAAGACUAUAAACUUGACUUCUUUUGACUCAAAACCUAAUUAUUAGAUUCAUCCAAGAAGAAGAAGAGACUAGUGAAGAUUAUCAUCCAUCGGUGGAACUGGAAGGAAGAACUAAACUGUCAAAGAAAGCCAUUGCCAAUUUGAAAUCUGCAAUCUGCACAUACACACCGUGGGUCCUACACCAGCAUUCUCUCUUAAGACGACUGACUAUACGUAUUGAACUAUCGAUCUCAAUCCCUACUAUACAUUGAAGAAGAAAGGGAUACGUUUCUAUUGAAUGAUUUUUAUCAUCCUUUUGCGAUUUGAUUCGAUAUGGCGCCUGGAGGGAAGCUUGUGGCGGGUUCUCACAACAGAAAUGAGUUCGUAGUCAUCAAUGCAGAUGAUAUUCGAACAAGAGUUAACUCUGUUCAAGAAUUGAGUGGGGAAACAUGUCAAAUUUGUGAUGAUGCUGUUGAGAUUGUAGACAGUGAGCUCUUUGUUGCCUGCAACGAAUGUGCUUUCCCUGUUUGUAGAGCUUGCUAUGAAUAUGAGAGGCGUGAAGGGAACCAAGUUUGUCCCCAGUGUAAAACACGAUACAAACGAAUCAGAGGCAGUCCUAGGGUUGAAGGUGAUGAAGAAGAAGAUGACUUUGAUGAACUGGAUGAGCUUGAAUUUGGGAAGCUUGAUUCCAAUGGUUCACGUGCAUUUGGAACAACAGUAUCUGGUAAUGACGGUCAAAUUAGGGCAGCUGGUUCAUUGGCCCAUUUUGGACUUGAUUGUCCUCUUAUUCCUCUCUUGACAUAUGGUGGAGAGAAUGCUGAUAUUUCAUCUGUUGAACAUGCUCUUGUUAUCACGGGAUAUGAAGUUGUGUCUGCUCAACCUAGACCAAUGGCUCCAGAGAAAGAUAUUGCGGUUUAUGGAUAUGGCAGUGUAGCAUGGAAGGACAAAAUGGAGGAAUGGAAGAAAAGGCAGAGUGAUAAACUUCAGGUGGUCAAUAAUGAAGGUCAAAGUUCUGGGGGUGGGGAGCUGGAUGAUACUGAUUUACCAAUGAUGGAUGAGGGCAGGCAGCCACUGUCAAGGAAAAUACCUAUAUCGUCAAGCAAGAUCAGCCCAUAUAGACUAAUCAUUAUCCUUCGUCUUGUAGUUCUGGGCUUCUUCUUUCAGUAUAGAUUACUGAACCCCGUUCAUGAUGCAUAUGCUUUAUGGUUGAUAUCUGUUAUUUGUGAAAUAUGGUUUGCUUUAUCAUGGAUUCUAGAUCAAUUCCCAAAGUGGUGCCCAGUAGAGCGAGAGACAUAUCUGGAUCGUCUAUCACUCAGAUAUGAGAAAGAAGGGCAUCCUUCUAAGUUGGCUGAUAUAGAUAUCUUUGUGAGCACAGUUGAUCCGAUGAAAGAACCUCCACUAAUCACUGCAAACACAGUUCUUUCCAUUCUUUCUGUGGAUUAUCCAGUUGGAAAAGUUUCAUGCUAUGUCUCAGAUGAUGGUGCUGCUAUGCUUACAUUUGAAGCACUUUCAGAGACUUCUGAAUUUGCAAGGAAAUGGGUUCCAUUUUGCAAAAGAUUUAAUAUCGAGCCUCGUGCACCAGAAUGGUACUUCUCUCAGAAGAUUGAUUAUCUGAAAAAUAGUGUUCACCAGUCAUUUGUGACGGAACGUCGUAAGAUAAAGAGGGAAUAUGCUGAAUUCAAAGUAAGAAUAAAUUCAUUGGUAUCAAUGGCACAGAAAGCUCCCGAAGACGGAUGGACGAUGCAGGAUGGAACUCCAUGGCCCGGUAACAAAGUUCAGGACCAUCCUGGUAUGAUACAGGUAUUUCUUGGCAGUGAUGGUAUUGGCGAUAUUGAUGGAAAUGAAUUACCUCGUCUUGUCUAUGUUUCCCGUGAGAAGAGGCCUAGUUUUGAUCAUCACAAGAAGGCUGGUGCUAUGAAUGCUCUGGUGCGGGUUUCGGCGAUAUUAUCAAAUGCACCUUAUAUCUUGAAUGUUGACUGUGAUCACUAUAUUAACAAUAGCAAAGCACUAAGAGAAGCCAUGUGUUUCCUUAUGGACCCAAUUUCUGGAACUAAUAUUUGUUAUGUUCAGUUCCCUCAACGAUUUGAUGGAAUUGAUCGCCAUGAUAGAUAUUCAAACCGGAACGUGGUGUUCUUCGAUAUUAACAUGAAGGGAUUGGACGGAUUACAAGGACCGAUAUAUGUUGGGACUGGAUGCGUUUUCAGAAGGAAAGCACUUUACGGGAACAAUGCUCCUGUCACAAAGAAGCCUCCUGGUAAAGCUUGUAACUGUUUUCCGAAAUGGUGUUGCCUAUGUUGUGGAACCAGAAAGAAUAAGAAAGGGAGAAUCAUUAAGGGGGACAAAAAGAAGAAAAUGAAGCAAAGGGAUGCAUCAAAGCAAAUACAUGCACUCGAAACGAUCGAAGAAGGAAUUGAAGGGGAAAAUACAGAAUUUCUAAAGCAAUCACACGAGAAGCUACUGAAAAAGUUUGGGCAAUCACUUGACUUCAUUAAUAUGUCGCAAUUAGAUGAUGGAGGUAUUCCUCAAGUUGGUGAAUCUGCGACGAAUCUGUUGAGAGAAGCAAUUCAUGUCGUCAGCUGUAGCUAUGAAGACAAGACAGAAUGGGGUAAAGAGGUUGGUUGGAUAUAUGGGUCUGUGACAGAGGAUAUUCUAACAGGAUUUAAGAUGCAUUGCCAUGGCUGGCGGUCUGUUUACUGUAUGCCAAAGCGAUCUGCAUUCAAAGGAUCAGCUCCUAUUAACCUUUCAGAUCGUCUACACCAGGUUCUUCGAUGGGCUCUUGGAUCUGUGGAGAUCUUCCUAAGUAAACACUGUCCUAUCUGGUAUGGUUAUGGAGGUGGAUUAAAGUGGUUGGAACGAUUCUCCUAUAUAAACUCUGUUUUAUAUCCAUUGACUUCCAUUCCAUUGCUCGUUUACUGUACGUUGCCAGCUGUAUGCCUUCUCACCGGAAAAUUUAUUGUCCCCGAGAUCAGCAACUACGCAAGUAUACUAUUCAUGGCCCUCUUCAUGUUAAUCGCUGCCACAAGCAUUCUCGAAAUGCAAUGGGGAGGAGUCGGAAUCGACGAUUGGUGGAGAAACGAGCAGUUUUGGGUAAUUGGCGGCGUUUCAUCCCAUCUUUUCGCCCUCUUCCAAGGUUUACUCAAAGUCUUAGCAGGUGUGAACACGAAUUUCACAGUAACUUCUAAAGGAGGAGAUGAUGGUGCAUUUUCCGAGCUUUACCUAUUCAAAUGGACCUCGCUUUUAAUCCCGCCAACAACUCUACUCAUCUUGAAUGUGGUUGGCGUAGUUGUUGGGAUUUCAAACGCGAUAAACAAUGGAUACGAUUCGUGGGGGCCGUUGUUUGGUAGGUUGUUUUUUGCCAUAUGGGUAAUUAUGCAUCUUUAUCCUUUCCUGAAGGGAUUACUUGGGAAACAAGAUAGAAUGCCCACGAUUAUAUUGGUUUGGUCGAUUCUGCUGUCUUCUAUAUUGACUCUUUUGUGGGUGAGAAUUAACCCGUUUGUAUCGAGAGACGGUCCUGUGCUUGAAAUAUGUGGGUUGAAUUGUGACUGAUUCUUUUUUUUUUUUUUUUUCAAUUGAACUAGAAUAUAACACAAAAGAUAUUAUCGGGUAUGGGAAAUGUUCAAUUGUAAAAGGGUUAGCAGUCAGUCGGGUUUAUGGUUAACAAAAAAACACUUUUUCUUUUCUUUCAAGGAAAUUGUGUAGAAUAAAUGUGUACAUAUAUGUACAGACAGACAGAUAUUGGUCCUUAUACAACAAGAUAUUUUGAGUUUUGCAUAA